GGGUGAAUCUUGUUUAUAUUAUUGUGAGCUAGAUUUAGAUCUCGAUCUAGACUCACUAGACUGUCACACAAGCUCAGCUAGACCGUCUGAAUAUCAAUCGAUUCUAGACUACUAGAUCUAGUACUACACAGAAUACAACUGAUGAGUUGAUACUAGAAAAUCAAGAUCUAAGUCUGUUUAUUUAAAAAGGUUAAAUCGUUGAACCAAGAAACAAGUUAUGGAUUUUGCAUCAAAGUAUAUUUUAGACAAUGACGAAGAAGAAUAUGAAAGUGUAUCAGAGGAAGAGUUUGUGCAAGGAAUGCAUAUCAGUGAUUCCGGCUCAGACAAUGAGGAAGAGUUACUCUGUGCAGGUGACAACGAGCUUUCAAUGAGCCGCCAUCCACCACCUCUGGGAUUUAACCCAAAGAAGAAGCGCCUCCAUAAACUUCAACACCACUGGAGGCGUAAGAGCGGAUCAAAGGAAGGUAAACAUCAGUCAAAAACUGACUCUUCAAGUGGAUCCAAGGAUGAGACCCAGCCAAUGAAAACAGAGGACUCUAGAAAACAAGGCAGCUCAUCCAGUUCUAAAAUGCCUGGCAAACGCCGUUUUAGGAGAGCUGACACAAAUGUGGUUUCUGUGAACUUCAGUGCUCUACUAGCACCUGGCAACAUGCAUGCUGGAGAGCCAGUGCUAUGUGGCAAGUGUUCAGCCAUACUCUCCCACAUCAGUAAAGUCAACCCUCAAACAAAGGAGUGGCAGUGUGAGUUCUGUGACGAGGUGAUGGUGAUUGAUGUUGAGCUGGAGGAGAUUCCAACAGCCGAGGAUGUGACCUACUUGAUGGAGCCUGCCAUGACAACAACAGCCAGCACAAUGUCAGGCUUGGACCAGUCUUUGGUCAUCUUCUGUGUGGAUACCUCAGGCAGCAUGUGUGUCACCUCUGAGAUCUCUGGAACAAUAAAACUGAGGGGAACAAGCCAGCUGAGGAGGCUGGAGAGUUUUGUAGAGUUGGACGAGGUAGAUCAACGUCUUCCAUCACAGCGCGGCCAGUCUGUCACCUACAUAUCCCGUCUUCAGGCCAUGCAGGCCGCUGUGGACCACCAGCUGGGGGAGAUGGCCAAAAAUCACCCUAACAGACGGGUGGCCUUAAUCACCUUUAAUAACGAGGUGAAGAUAGUUGGAGAUGGCAGCCAGAGUGAGAUAAUUGUGGCAGGUGAUAAGUUAAAAAAUGAGGAGCAGCUGAAGCAGAUAGGACUGGAGGCAGCCCUACCCCAGGCUAUCAAAGGCAGCCGCAUUCGACUGGGGGAGAAAGUUUACAACCUUGAAGAAGGGGGAGCAACUGCCUUAGGCCCAGCUCUUCUUGUGGCAGUCAACAUGGCCUCCCACCAUCCAGGGUCAAAGGUCAUCUUGUGUACAGAUGGUAAGGCAAACAUCGGCCUUGGUAAACUGGAAGAUGUGUCUGACGACCAGGCGUCACUGGACUUCUACUCUAAAGCUGCAGAAAGUGCUCACACUGCUGGAGUUACUGUGUCAGUUAUAACAAUUGAAGGUACAGACUGUAAGCUCGUACACUUGGGGAUGCUAGCAGAUAAAACAGGAGGGCAGGUAAACAUUGUUGACCCUCUGAAAUUAACAGAAGAGUUUGGCAAUAUUCUGGCUGACCCAAUUAUUGCCACUAAAGUUAAAGCCUUGUGUAUUCUUCAUAAAGAACUUUAUGUGAUAGACGAGAAUGACCCAGACAACCAACAGAGCAGAGUAGAGCACAAUGCUGGAAAUGUCAAGAGCAGUACAACCAUUACAUUUGAGUUUGCUAAACGAAAAAAUUCUAAAUGUUCAAAAUUAUCUCCCGCUAAGUCUCAAGAAACACAAGGCACACAGGAAAAACCUACAGAAGGUUUACAGGCUUCUGGUGGUGAAGGUGAAGGUCACCGACCCCUGAAGGACUUCCCAUUCCAGCUGCAAAUAAAUUAUGUUGACACCGAAGGAAACAAAGCACUGAGGGUGCUGACACGCACAAAACCUGCAACUAAUGACAGGAAAGUCACAGAGGACAAUGUAAAUUUGGAAAUUCUGGGAGCUCAUGUGGCCAAGAAAUCUGCAGAUUUAGCAUUAAAAGGCCAGUUCUCCAAGUCUAGAGGACUUGCUCUGAUGAACCAAAGGCUAGCCUGGAGGAACAUCCACAGUGAUACAUCAUCAACAACUGACAGAGUUAAAUACAAGACUAUUUUUAGUAAGAUCCAGAGCAUGGAGAAUUUUGUGCAACAAAAACAAAUGCGUGAAAUAGACUUAUUUGGUCGCACACGGAGUGACAGUGAACACAGUGAGAAUGAAGAUGGUGAUGAUGAAGCCUCAUCAGAUGCUGUGAUGUGUGACUCCUACAUUCCUCCUCCUGUUAAAAGACACACCAAAGGUUACAUUGCUUCCAAGUUUAGAAAGAUGCAUUCGGAACGAGCAUCAGAAAUGGACGACAACAUGGCCAACAUGAUGUACAAGUUUCGCAGUGUUGGGGCCAGUGAGAUGAGUUCCACAGGCAAUGAAGGCAAGUUUCUGGCCAUAGGCUCCAGCUCCAGUGGGGAGAAGAACAAGAAAACUGAGGAGAAAAAGUGAAUCCAUGCUAAAUGCUAAAGGCUCUUCAUGUCUAUUCUAUAUUUCUUUCUAAUACUACUAAGUGUGUAUAAAAACAAUGGUGUUCAGAUUUUUAAAUUAGUUUUAUUAAAAAAAAAUUUAAGUAUUUUAAAAUGCUAAUAAUUUUGAUCCAAAUAUAGACUAUCUUCCAUGAGACUUAUGUACACAUAUUUGUAUGAAUAUAUCAAAUUUAUCAAUUUUGAUGCCAUACUUAAGUUGUUCUUAAAGUAAAAUCUUGGUCCUAUGAUUCUACUACUGGCUACAGUUUUUACUAACGCUUUUGCUUUCUAGAGAUGAGAUAAGGUUUGUUCUAAUAUAGGAUUCACUUGUAAAAUUUAUGUACAACAAUUUUGUUUCAAUAGACUGGAUUUCAAUUGAACUGUAGAAAAUUAUACAUGGCAGGACUUUUUCAUUAGAUCAAAGGGUUAUUUGUUUUAAAAAAUUCUUGUCCAUUUCUAGUGAUACAUCUUUUUUUACAGACAGAACUGAAACAGGAAAAUUUUGUUUCCUGGAUUGUCUGUUUACAUUUCAAGCAAUGAUUAAAUCUUGCAAUUUUGAUUUCAAUAUAUAGGAUUUGAAAACAAUAACAAAUCUGCAGAAUAUUCAAGAGAUUUUUCAAAGCUUUAUUUGUUGAAAAAACUUGUCUUGUUACACAAUACUAUCUGAUUGAUUCUUUUCACAUACAAAGUUGGAAUUAGAAAAUUUUUUGUUUCCUGGAUGUUCUGUCUACAUUUCAAGCAGUAAUUAAAUCUUGCCCUUUUAUAUCAAUUAUAUAGGAUCUGCUGAAGCAAAAUAUUUUUACAUUUGACUUUCUCAACUUGCCCAACCAUUUUUUUUACAAAAACCGAAAACUCCGUGAUUUACAAAUAUUUAAUUCUGUGUUAUCCUGUGAUCUUUAUUCCUGCUAUUUUUUCCUGUAAAAUAUAUUUGAUACAUUUUUUUUUACUGAAAUAUUUUUACUCAUUUGAGGUGCCAUUUUUUUUUCAGGUAUUAAAAUUUUCUACACAUUUAAUUUUGGUUAAUUUUGAAUUUUUGUAUUUAUAACCUUAAAAUUAACUUUAUUUGUUUCUCUAAUUUGUAAAUCCAUGAUUGUAAACAUUAAAAGUUUUUGUGACCCUGAAAAAUGUCAAUACAUACUCCACCUUUAUACUUUGACAUGCAUUUUACCAUGUCACUUUGCUCCAAACACUAUAGCAAAUCUGCAGAAUGUCAAAGAGAUUAUUUUAACAAAUUUCUCAAACAAGAAGGCAGCUCUAACUUCUGUGUUGUCUGUUACAGAACUAUGGGAGUGAACUGUUCUGUGUAACUGCUUUGAAUAUUGUGUGUGUGCGAAGUUUUUUUUCAAACUUGAACAAAUUUUUUUUUACAUGUCAACAAAUGUGAUUAUUUUUAUACAAAUAAUAAACAUUUUCUAAUAAC